AUGCUAUAUUUUGAGAUGGAAAACAACCCCGAAGAUAGUCGCGAUACAACUAUACGCAACAUGCAACACGUCAGUGAUGCGAGUCGAGUUUUCCGCCUGCUGGUCUCAGCCUGCAGUCCCAUCUGGGUGGAACUACCGCUUCCGAACGAGCAUCUCACGACGCGUGCCUUGAAGGCUACACAAGGAAAACAGCUCACACUGCGAGUAGGGUACACGCAAUCAACGGAGGACUGGAGAUCUACCAAGUCCGCCGUCGAGUUCGUGACUAAGGAAUCCGACGAUGCCAAACGCGUUUCGACCUUAGACAUCUACCUCAGCAACGAAGCCAGCAUACGCGCGUUCGCACUUUUCCGUCAUGGUGACUUGUCCGGCGUACAGGAGCUGAGGCUCGAGAACCGGACGACCUCGUUCAACGCGACCUACCGCGCCGUCAAUUGGGGUGCAGUCGCCAAGCUUGAACUCACGGAUGUUCUGAUGGAUGACGACCUCAAUAUCCCGAGCAGUGUUGAGAGCUUUACCCUUCGGUAUCAAGAGCUCACUUUCGAAUAUCCUCAAACACUCGAGGCUAUUGCCCGCUUCCAGUUCCUCAAAGAACUGGCGAUACACUCUUCGACCAAGUUGAGCGCUUCUGCAGACGCGGCCUCUGAAAGCGCGAGACCCCGCGCUCUUCCCCCCCUCGCUCGAUUUGAAGUCGUCGGAGACUGGAGACUUUGCGCACUUCUAUUGAACUGGGCAAAACUAUCACCCGAGUGCCGGAUCGUGGUGGAAGCCGAUGAUGUCGUGGACAACAUAGAUCUCGCGGGCGAAUAUCUCAUGUACGCCGGAUAUACCCUGCAAGACAAUACAGUCAAUGUCACCAGCGCAUUGACAGCCGUCGCGUCUCACUUCGGGAAUCAGAGGCGGACAACUCUGGAUCACGUCCGUAUCAACCAGUCCGGAAAAGACAAUAACAAGGCAACACUCGAUUUCAGAUAUGCAAACGGAGCUGGGGGUAUUCAAACCUACUUCACGCUCACGGUCAAAUUACCAGACCUUAUCGAUACAGUCCCAGAUGUACUCCCGCACAGGCUUCUCGCAAAGCACCCGUGCUUUUGGGGCCCUACUCGUAUGUCUAUACAGGGUACAGCGAUAUUUAUCAACAAUGAGAUCCUCAACGCAAUAUACCUCCGAAAAAAGGGGGUAUGUAUGGGGGCAAAAGAGUUGGAUAUCUGCGUCAAGCCUGCCGGCACAGACCUCGGUGCAGAGCAUCGCAUUUUAUCCAACCUGGGAAUCGCAUUUGGCAACCGCAUGACUGUCCGGCUGGAAAGGCUUGUGUGA